ACGAACGCAGACCCGGGAUCAGAAGAGCUAAUGCUGAACAAAAAUCAAGUCGUUCCGUAGGAUUUCCGCAAUUGAAGAAAAGAAACCUAGAGUCUUCUAGUUCAAUUAUGACUAGUGUUGCUAAAACUAUAAAAUCGCAUGAUGUAAGUGACUUAAAAGACGAUAAGCGAAAGAAGAAAUCUUUUGACGAAUCCGAUUCUAGUACUAAACAAGUUAUACUGCCACAGAAAAAACGCGUUCUGCCCUCAUCUUCUGCGAGUAGUCCGGCGAAAAAGUCUCAAAAAUUAGGCCAACCGGUGCCUUCACAGGACGAAAACGCCGUCAGUGAAACUUUAAUUAGAGAAACCGAAGCUGCCCUUAAAAAUUUAUCGGGUAGUUGGCCCGGACCUAGAGGGUCAUCUUAUAAUAAGCAACAAGAGGAUUCGCCGGCUUUUGAAAAUUUGUUCGAAGAGAAAAAGGCGAAUCCGAAACUAUCGCCGUCGUCGUCCUCCAACAGUAGUAGCGACAAUACGUGUUCCCUAAAGGACGUUAUAACAUUACGCGAUCCCCACGAAGACCUCGAUAAAUCCUCGAAAAUAAACAAAUUAAGUAAACCCUUAAAAAUUAAACAGGAAGCCGUAAUCGAUAAUCUAAUCAAAAUUGAAAGUGAAUGCAUUUCUCUACAAACCCAAACCAAAUCGAAAGGUAAACAGAGCAAGGGGAACGAGCCACCCUCGCAAUAUCAGCCCCCCGAUUUUAACGAAUUGGUUGACGAUUCCUCGAAUGAAUUAGAAAUUGAUAUGUCUGAGGCAGCUGCUGACAAGGAUGAUGUUAAUGAUGAUAAAUUAGACUCGAAGAGUAAGAAAAAAGAAACCGAGGACGUCAAACGAUCAAGAUACUCUUCAGACGAAUCCUCCACUCAAACGCAGUCCGUCUAUCAUCCAUUUCAGCGUCCUGUCACGUCAACCGUAUCGCCUUUUUCAUCCACUUCGGCUUUCCGGCCUCCGCAAACCGACUCUAAUAAAACAGCGCCGAAGCCAUCUGUUAGUUUAAGCGCACUAGGUCCCUAUCCGGAGGAGGCAACAUUUGUCGGUUACUCUGCAAGUAUCGCUUCAUCAAGUGGGCCAUUAAGCGACGAUAAAUUAAAAUCGACCGUUAAUUUAACGCAAUUAAAGCAAGAGAGCGCCUCGCAAAUAGAAUCGAGUAAUUCUUGUUCUAAUUCGGACACGAAGUCUUCGGUUGCUUCUCCGGAAGCUAUGAAUAAGCAGUAUACAAUUCUUCAACCGGCCCCCGUUGGUUCUCGAGCUGCGAGUGCACUACAAGAAGCCGCCCGUGAAGGUGUUCCAAGUGUUUCUGCCGUUUCCAGCAGCACCUCGUCGUCAUCGAACGACUCGUCCGGUAAAAUGGGACCCGCGGGUUUCGAACGAAUUACUGGAGCCCUGUCGCCUACCAGCCUAGGAAGAGAGGGAAGCAAGUGCCCCACACCAGGAUGUAACGGGCAAGGCCACGUGACUGGACUAUAUUCCCAUCACAGAAGUCUGUCUGGCUGUCCGCGUAAAGACAAAGUUACUCCGGAAAUCCUGGCGAUGCAUGAGACUAUUCUCAAGUGUCCUACUCCGGGAUGUAACGGGCGCGGGCACGUUAGUUCCAACCGAAACACGCACAGAAGUCUUUCCGGUUGUCCCAUUGCUGCCGCUAAUAAACAAGCGGCUCGGGAACAAAAGUAUCAGUCAAGUCUUCAACAGCGUAUUAAAUCUCCCCACACUCCCUUCGUAAGUUCCUGCCAAAGCGAGUACAGCUCAGGAUUUGAUGUUCCAUAUGGCGCAAACCCAAAUCCUAAUCCGGAACCUGAUGGAAAAUCUAACUAUAGCACCUAUUACUCUAAAUUUCAAGAGAUGAAAUCGGAUAGUAUGAAAGUUCCCAAAACGGAAGUCACGACAAGCAGUUGCUGCAGCGUAACUGGACGGAGCGAUUUACUUGUGCCAAAAACAGAAACUUCGUCAAACUCUUGUCGUUCACCUCAAUCAAGUAUGCGACCAGCAUAUGACCCAUACAUGAGUCAAGAUUCAAAUUCCUCCUCAAUAUCAAGCAUGGACGCCAUGAGUUCGAGAGGACCUCAUCAUCAGCUACAGCCACAUUCACAGCAACCAAACCUGCCUCAUCCUAAUCCACACCAAUCAAGUUAUAGUAUAGACGAUACUCGACAGCAUCCGAUGUCUCACAGAUUACCAUACCAUCAAUCACCCAUGUCAUCCGAAGAAAUGUACAGGACGGAUCAUCCCAUGCGACCGUAUGGAGAUAUGGCGGAACCUAUGGCCGGACCUAUAGCGAGGCCCACUGUUACCUAUCCAAGCGAAAUGGGACCUAGACCUUACGAUACUUCAAUUACCAGACCUUAUGAUCCAGGAACGGCCACCGCGUUUGAGCGAUACGACUCAACGAAUCAAUGCGGAUCGAUACCACAAACUGUGAUGCCCCAAAGGCCCCCUCAAAGUAUGUAUGGAUAUACAUCUCUCGAUGAGCAACACGAACAAAGAUAUCAACAGGAAGCGGCCGCUGUGGCACAACAUCAAAUGGCGGUCGCUAACGCCACUGCCGCCGGUAUGAUGAAAACCGAAGCAGACCAGCAACCUACAGGACCUUUAUAUCCAAGGCCAAUGUAUCAAUACGACGCGUCCUCAGGUCCCAUUCCGAUGGGGUUUUCCGCGAUCAAUCUCUCGGUAAAAUGCGUGACGACCACUCAGACGCAACUCAAACCGGGAGGCCCUCAUACUUCCCCGGGUGGCACAGUUAUAGACCUUUCCACUUCUAGCGUGACAACGACAAGUCCGCAGGUGGCGUAUAGUUCCCCUCACUACGGUGGACAACGGGUGGGCGCGAGUCCGCAAGCCGCGGCCAGUCCGCAUCUUUCGGCCAGUCCCCAAGUCCCCAGCCCACAGGGUCAAACCUUGGACCUGAGCGUCAGUCGUUUAUCCCACAGUAGCGGUACCAGUCCACAAUAUCAAAACGGGCACACUGAUGCAGUUCCAGUACCCGCUGGUUUUAUUGGACCGCGAGACGAACAAACGGAACCGGUCGAUUUUUCCACCGCUAACGAACCGGUUAAUUUUAGCGGCGUGCGGCCCGUGGCCACCUUUGCCGGACCCGUGCUGGCGCCCGGAUCGGGAUAUAGCAGAGAAUCCACACCGGACAGCGGCGGCUCGCACUAUAUGGAGGCCUAUCGAGACGCAUCAGAUUUUGGAUUUGUACAAGGAUAUGGUCCGGUUAGUCCGCAUCCCGGUUACGGUAUGACGCCGGUGCCCGCUGAUUAUCCUUCGAAUCCGUACUCCACGUACCCAGGUGGCGGAUACAGUUGCGCAGGUGCAUAUCCUGGACCGCCGACUACCGGGUAUCCAGCACCGCCAGGAGGAUAUUCGCCGAGUCCGUGUUACUCGAUGCCUCCUCCGCAGCAUAGCAUGUCUCAACACGACAAAGGGCCGAGUAAAGAUAGUGGCCUCUCGGGGUGCCCAAGGGCGGAUCGGUCACAAAUUCAAGCGCACUCUCAAGAAUUAAAAUGCCCCACGCCUGGCUGCGAUGGUUCAGGUCACGUCACGGGUAACUACUCGUCGCAUAGAAGCCUAUCCGGUUGCCCAAGAGCCAACAAGCCCAAGAGUAAACCCCGAGACGGACAAGACUCUGAACCGCUAAGAUGCCCUAUUCCAGGUUGUGACGGCUCGGGACAUGCGACGGGAAAGUUCUUGUCGCACAGAAGUGCUUCAGGCUGCCCAAUAGCAAAUCGUAACAAAAUGCGUGGUGUAAUUGACACCGGCGGCAAUGUAGACCAACACAAGGCAGCGGCGGUUGCAGCUUCAGCAAUGAAAUUCGAAGGCGUUAAUUGUCCUACGCCCGGCUGUGAUGGCACAGGUCACAUUAACGGAUCUUUUCUUACUCAUCGAUCAUUAAGUGGUUGUCCGGUUGCAGGACAGACGGCCAAAAAACACAAAUAUGAAGACAUGCCAUCGUUCUACUCGAAGGGAUACGGAACAGGUAUGGAUACCUCGGUUGGGAACGGUGAAGACCUCAUGACUUUAGAGGCAGAGAUUUCGGAACUACAAAGAGAAAAUGCGCGCGUAGAAUCUCAAAUGAUAAAAUUAAAAAAUGAUAUUAAUGCCAUGGAAAGCCAUCUUAGUCAUGGAGAAAAGGAAACGCAAGCCUUGACCCAACGGAACAGCAACCUCAACGAGUACUACGAGAGCUUGCGCAACAAUGUCAUCACCUUGUUAGAGCACGUUCGUCUCCCAGGUGGUGGCUCCACGCCUGAAAAAAUCGGACAAGAGAAUUUUGAUUCGUAUUUAACAAAACUGCAAACCCUAUGUACUCCGGACGGGUAUUGUAGCGAGGAGAAUAGGCCAUUAUAUGAAACUGUCAAGUGUGCUCUUCAAGAUUUUACUGUCCUACCUACACCAAUUUAAUAUUUCUAAUAUUGUUUUUAAGCAAUUCUCUAUUGUGAUCACAUUGUAAAUAAUUCUAAACCCCUUCCCCCGAGAUAAUGUUAGCAAUUAAUGAGAGUCGAAUGGCACGACUAAAAAAAGAAAUUGUAGAUACUUCUGAUACCUAGAAGAAAAACAAUGUACAUUUCAGUGUACAUAAACCGUUUUAAAUUUGAGUAUUAAAAAUUGUGUUCUCUGCUUUUAUACACAUUUAAGUAGACAAUUUGAUUUUUAAUAUUGUUAGUUAAAAUGGAAACGAAACAAGUGGUAAGUGUCCCAUAACAAACUUAGGUUUCUAAUGUUAUUUUUACGUAAUAGUGUACCUAUUGUACAAAUACAUAAAAUACCUUCCUCAUAGAGGAGUGUAAUAUAUUUUAAUAACUUGCUUCACAUUACCAUGUAAUUUUGUUCUUAAUCUGUGAUUACGCUACCUAAUAUUUAUACCUAAACCUAACGUUAACUGUAAAUUUAGCAUUUGUGCAAUUAUAUGUUACACUAACGAAAUACAAUUGUGGUGUUAACUGAAAGCAAGUUUUACAUUGGUAUUAACGUUUAUUUUGCAAUGCAAAACUUACGCGGUACCUACCUAGGUACUAUAAAUUAAUUUUUGAAUCUUAUUUAUUACGAACGUUAUUUAUUUAUUAUUUGUUCUUUAUUGUAUCAAUGUUUCAAUUCAUUUUUGAGAGCUGUUAUCUAACGUUAUUGUGUAAUGUAAUGUGUAAAUAUGCGAAUUAGUAUACAAUUCCGAUUCUUAACAUAAAGGUAUUAUUUGUUCACACGGUAUAUCUAUGUUAAUAUACAUGUGUUGUUAAAUAAAUUGGAACGAAAGCAGGUUUACUAUUA